AUGCGGAGGAGACGAACAGCUCAUCGUUUUGGCGAGAAACGUCGAACUACAGACGUUUUGAUAGACGAAAAAGUCGAUUUUUCUGGACUCAUGUUAUCCAGCGAUGUACUUGAAGGUUUAAAAAGUGCCGGGUUUGAAAGACCUUCUCCUAUACAGCUCAAAGCAAUACCACUUGGUAGAUGUGGCCUAGGUAAGUGUUUCUUAUUAUUAAAGUGAAUUUAAUAGGGCUGUCAACAAAUAGAUUUUACCUCAUGCGAGUGGGUGAAAUUUGUCUCUCUCUUCUGAAAAGACACUGACUUGUCUAUCUGUCUAGUAGAGAAGGAGAUAGAGGGUCAAAUCAAUUGUGAAACAAGUCUGCAAUCCUGGAAGAAAAUCUAUUUGUCAACAGCCUUACCAAAGUUUUUGUUUUUGCAUUUCAAUAAAAAAAAAUAAAAUAAAAAAAAUUCAAACUAUUAUUUGUAAGCAUAUUCUAAAAUAUUUGUUUCUUUACUAGAUUUAAUAGCACAGGCAAAAUCUGGGACUGGUAAAACUUGUGUUUUCAGUGUCAUUGCUCUGGAGAAUAUUAACUUGGCUGUGACAUUACCACAAGUUUUAGUGCUUGCCCCAACUCGUGAAAUUGCUGUUCAAAUCAAGGAUGUCAUGUGUUCCAUUGGUCGGCAUUUGAAAGGAUUACGAACUCAUGUGUUUAUUGGAGGAAUGCCAUUGGAGCAUGACAAAAAUUGCUUAAAACAAUGUCAUAUUGCAAUUGGAAGCCCAGGUGAGACAUUUUAUAAAUAGGUUCCAGUUUUGACAAAAAAUUUCAUGAUCUUCUGGGAUUCUAUAAGGCCAAAUAAAAAUAACAGUUGGUUUCAGGUUUCCUACCGACCUGUCAAAAAUAUGACCAACCAUAAACAUUUUAUUGACAUUUGCCAGUAGAGAUCAUCUUUUUGUAAAUAGUAGUCUAGUAGAAUAUAUAAAUAAUCUACAAAUUAGUUUGUUUGCUUAUAAUUUAAUCAUUAUCUAGUCAUGUUAAUCAUAGUUUUAACUUAUAUUUAUUGCAUACUUGAGAUAAAAUAUUUUUUAAAUAAAAUGUUUUUCCGACCUACCUACCCAUAUAAAACAUGGCUGUGAAACCUGAAACCAACUAUUAUUUUUAUUUGGCCUAAGAACUUGUUGCACCAACUAGACUGACCCAUAGGAAAAAUGUGGUUAUAAUAAAAGAAAGUGUAGUUCAUUAUUCCAGAAAGCUGAUUAAGGUGGAUACAACUACUUGAAAAAUACAAGUAAACAAGGCCGGCGAGAGCCAACCAUGGGCCCCGGGACAAAACAAAUUACUUGUAAGAAAUCGCCGCAUAACUGAUAAAAAUGCAAUGUGAACGAUGUUCAGCUAACUGUUUUUGCAGAGAAAACGAUUGAAAAAUUGUUUAUUUCACAUUUGGUACGUUUUACGAUCGAUCACAACGAUUUUUCCCCCUCUGCCCCCCCUCUCUCGCCGGCCUUGCAAGUAAAACUUCAACGUCGAAGUAAAACUUCUGCAGCUUGCUGGUGUUAUUGUCCUAUGCUGGUACAGACUGUUUGAGUUCAUUAUUCUCUCAAAUGAAUAGUGGCUUGUUUCAAGUUGUCUUCCAGAUGUUAUGCAUGAGGACAUUUUAAGCUCAUGAAAUAAUGUAGGAAUCUAAUUUACAAUUCAGGUCGUGUUAAACAUCUCAUAGAAAGCAAACUACUGCAGACCACAUCAAUUCGUCUGUUUAUCCUGGACGAAGCUGACAAGUUGCUGGAUGAAAACUUUCAAGAACAAAUAAAGUAUGAAUUGAACUAUUUUUAUGAAUUGAAAUAUUUUUAUGAAUUGAAAUAUUUUUAUGAAUUGAACUAUUUAUAUGAAUUGAAAUAUUUUUAUGAAUUGAAAUAUUUUUAUGAAUUGAAAUAUUUUUUCAGUCAGUCUAGUUAGCUUGCUAGUUAGUCAGUUGUCCAAGAAGCCUGCUAGACAGUUGGUCAGUUAGUAGAUUGGGAAAACAGUCAGCCAACCAGCCAAAGUCAGCCAACCAGCCCAAGUUAGCCAGCUGAAGUCAGCCAACCAGCCAUCAGCAGACCAGCUCAAGUCAAAAUGCAUGCAAUUUACAUCAGUGAAAAAUAUUUGAAAACUUCUAUUUAAUCACUAUAUAAUCACAUUAGUGAGAAAUUGUUAAUAAGUUUUUACAAGUGUAAUUUAUCAAUUAUUUUCAGUUGGAUAUAUUCAACCCUUCCCACCAGUAAACAGAUGUUGGCAUUAUCGGCAACCUACCCAGAUCAUCUUGCCGAGCGGUUAAAAAAUUACAUGAAAGACCCAACGUUUGUUCGUUUGAAUGCAGCUGACCCUGCAUUAGAAGGUAAAAUAUGACUCCUGUAUAUAGCCUACUGCUACCCUCAAUGUAAUGAGGAUCCUAAAUGGGUUUCUUAUUUUUACCACCUUGUAUAUUUAGCAUAAAUUUUAACCUAUUGAGUGGCAGCACUCUCCCCUUGACAAGUAAAAUUAUCUGGCAUUAGACAGAGUAAAAUGAUAAAGUAGGGCAUAUCAGGGCGCAUUGCCACUAGCUAAUAAAAGGUUUACAGGAUACAUGGGUUGAUUAAUCCAUUGAGCAGAAGCGCUAUCCCCUUGGCAAGUAAAAUCAUCUGGCAUUAGAUGAUAAAGUAGGGUACAUCAGGACACAUUGCCACUUAAAGGGUUAAACAUCACAGUGUCCUGUGACUUCUAAAACUGUCUGUACCAGUGUAGGUAGUACCAAAGUGAAAAUGCUGUGCUGAGUGGUUAUAUUACUACCUUAAGAAAUAAGCAGAAACUCGACGUUUCGAGCUUGCCCUGCGUCAAGAGUUAGUAGCAAAUACUAACUCUUGACGAAGGGCCUUCGCUCGAAACGUCGAGUUUCUGCUUAUUUUUUAAGGUAGUAAUAUAACCACUCAGCACAGCAUUUUCCUGUGACUUCUUCAAUUCUUCUCCUUUCAUUGUGUUUUUCGUUACUAAAAUAAACAUUUUCCACCACUACGGUGGACGUUAUGAACAGCCUCUUGUUAGUUUUUUUCAUUGGAUAUAUGUAAAUCAUUUGUUUCUCACAUUUAGGGAUCCGUCACUAUCAUUGUGUUGUUCCGGCCCAUUCUCUUCCACACAAAGUGUUUCAUGAGAAGGUAAUUAGCAUUGUUAAAUGAGUAAUUAGAACAUAAUUAGCAAUAUAUGGAGUAAUGUUAAACUAAAGUUGUAACUCUUGCUUGUGUUUGAUGGUUAAGUACUACUUCAAGAGUGCUUUAUCAGAUAUAAAACACGAAAGCACAGCUCGAGUGUUUUAUAUCUGAUAAAUUACAGACUGCGAGUGUUUGAAAUGGCUUAAAAAACGACCCAUCUGAUGAGUUCAUUGACAAAGUAAUUUUAAAAAUAAACGUUGUCUAAGCCGAGAAAAUCAAAGUUAAAGUGCAUGUAAAUUAACAUGAUUUUUUACCACAUAAACUUUGUCUUUUCCUCAUGAAUUACAGUAAGAAUAAAUACUUCUUUCAAAUUGAACUGACUUAACUUCACUGCGUCCACAACUCUCAUGUUACUCUUUCUCUCAUUCAUCUUUAGAUUCAAAGCUUGCUUCAGUUGCUCUCCAAGCUAUCAUUUUAUCAAUGUUUGAUUUUUUCAAAUUACCAAAUCAGGUUAGUAUUGGUGUUCUUUCAUGUUGGAUAUUUAUUUUAGUUUAAAAUACUAGCUCAAAUAUAUAAGCUUUCCAUGUUUUUAGAGCGAAAAAUUUAAGCGAGACUUUGGCAAAGAACGGUUGGCCUUCCACGUAUAUCUCAGGUUACCUUUCAUCUUUGUCAAUCAUUUUUUUGUUUCAUUUGUCUGUUUUGCUUGUAAAGACUGUUCAAGGCUUCAAGCUCAAGGAAAGAGUCCUAUGUCCUACUAUAUUAUUAUCGCUGAUGCUCUGCUAUACUGUAGUUGAGUUAAAGCAUUGACAAGCUGAGAUAAAUUCGUUAUCAUCCAUUCUUUUUUGUUUCUAUAUUCUGACAGGAAGCCAAGGACAAAAUGAACGACUGAAUGCGAUGGCGAAGUUAAAGGAGUUUAAAUGUCGCAUCUUGAUCUCUACUGAUCUAGUAAGUUGAUCCACAAGCCCCCCCCCCCUUCCCAAUGCGCCCAUGCCACAAUUUGUCCACGUGGACACUCCGUGAUGAAUGUCAUCUUUUUCAGACAUCUCGUGGCAUUGACGCAGAACGUGUUAACCUCGUGAUUAACAUGGACUUGCCACGUGAUAGUGAGACGUAUUUACACAGAGUGGGUAGAGCUGGACGCUUCGGUAAGGAAAUACUACUAUAGACUUUUGAAUCUACGUUCCUUCAAACCCUCCCCCCCCUCCCUCACCUCAGUGGACAUAAUGCCCGGAAUAUUAUCCUCUAUGUUUGGUGGUUUAAUAAACGUUACAGGGUACACACGGAAAAAUCUCACAACUUGUCAACAAGAUGUGUUCGCAACAGACUUGUAGCGAGCUUGUCAACCAGUUGUAACAAGGCUGUUAUUUUAUCAAGUUACUACAAGGUUGUUGACAAAUUGUUGAAUUGCAGGACGAUAACAAGUUGUUGGAACAACUUGUAACAAGUCUGUUGAGCUCAACAUUACAACAACCUUGUAGCAAGUUGUCAACAAGUCGUUUGAUUUCAUGUAACGUACAAGCUAUAAAAGCUAUCGCAAUGAAAUGGAGAUCAUUGCAUUCAGAAAGGACUAACUUAGAGUUUGAUAUAUAACACUUGAAUUUAAAUGCAAUAUUGAGCGAGAUACAACCAAAAUAAAAAUAUUAUAAAUAUUCUCACUCUGAUUACUACAUGUUGACAACCAUCUGCUGCACGAUAGUACUAAGUACUAAGCAUUGAUUAAACGAUAUGCAUUGAUCAUGUGACUUCUGUUCCAGGUUCGUACGGCGUGGCGAUCAAUUUCGUGGCCGAUGGAAAAGAGGUGACAAGUUUGAACGAAAUCGAGGCUAGCUGUGGAGUGACAAUCACGUCUCUUCCAGGUAUUGUGUAUAUGUACAAUAUACGGAACAUAAACGACAAAAACAAAAGCAACAUUAGUAGCAACAACAACCACAACAAAAACAGGAACAUACAACAUGCAACAUACAACAAGCAAAAUGCAACAUACAACAUACAGCAACAUGCAACAUACAACAAGCAAAAUGCAACAUACAACAUACAGCAACAUGCAACAUACAACAAGCAAAAUGCAACAUACAACAAGCAAAAUGCAACAUACAACAAGCAAAAUGCAACAUACAUGCAACAUACAACACACAACUUACAGCAACAUGCAACAUACAACAUACAGCAACAUGCAACAAGCAAAAUGCAACAUACAGCAACAUACAGCAACAUGCAACAUACAACAUACAGCAAAAUGCAACAUGCAACAUGCAAGAACAACAUGCAAGAACAACAUGCAAGAACAACAUGCAACACAACCAUGAUCACCAAGAAUUGUUUUAUAUUUAAUUUAGAUGAUGUGUCGAAACUUUUAUCCGACGAAAUGAUGCAUGCAUCGCAGCAGAAAAGGUUUGAAAGACACGAGGUAACUUCAUUCAAUAAUACGAGUGAUAAAAUGGCGAAUAAUCACAAAACAAACAAUAAUCAAAAUGGCGAGCUUGUCGAGAAAGAACAAGUUGAAAUUGAAUUUCAAACGAUUGAUGGUAAUUUUGUCGAUAACGAUACUGAAAUUGAACGUGUAGAGAAAAUAGAAGAAGACAUUGCGGCCAACGGUGAGGCUGGAAAUCAACACACAGGCAACAAGAUGGAGGAAAACAUAAAAGUUGAACACAAUCAAAGAGCGGAGAACAAGCUGGAAAAUACUGCACGAGCAAGGAAUAUUCAAAAUGAAGACAUAACAAUUGAAAAUACAAUAGAGGAAAGAACUUCUCAAAAUGAAAGCAUAACAAUUGAAAGUACAGCGGAGAAUGUGCAAAAGGAAGGCGUAAUGCUAAGGAAUUCAAUAGCGGGAAGAAAUAUUCAACAAACUGGCAUUGUAAAAGAGAAUGAAGUUGAACAUAAGGAUAAUGAAAACUUCACGGUUAAUGCUGAUCAAGAAAACGAUAUUCGACAAGAGACCACUGAUGAAAUAUUCGUUGUUGAAGAUCAAAAAAUAGACAGUAGAAUAAAUUAUACGGUAAACGAAAGAUGUCUUUUACAAAGAGACAUGGUUAGCGAUACAGAUGUUGGUACUGAGGCUGACAAGAGAAUAAACGUGCCAAAUGAUGAAGAAAAGUUGUUGGAAAUGAAUGAUUUAGGCGGUGAACAUGAGGUACAGCAAGAAGAAAGAAAAGAUCUAACAGAAAACGUGACAGAUAAUAACAAAACAGUAGGGACAAACAAAAAUUGUGAAAUAAUUUUCCGAAAUCCUGACACCGGCUUACUUUCUACAGCAGGGCAAUUUAACGGAGAGGAUUUCGUCAGUGAUGGCAGCGAGUCCGAAUUCUCCAGCUCUGAGGAGACUGGGUCAAGUGAUGAGUCAUGUGAUUCGCACGUGCCUGUCUCGUGUAAAGAUUUUGAUAAUGUUUUGGAAGCGUAUCUCAAGGAUAACGCGGCUGGGAGUUCAAAUACCGGUCAUCUCACAAGUGAGUCUCACACUUUAAAUCAAUCCUUAAAGUCGACUAGACGCUAA